CCAUCAAAUUCCUUUUUAAUUAGCAUCAAUUGGAUGCAUCAAAUUUUUCCAUCACCAGACUACAUUGUGUGUCUUUUUUUUAAUUUUAAUUUUUUUAAUUUUUUUAAUUUGAUCGAAUUCUAAGUUGUUAGAUGCGAUAACCAAUCACAACAUUUUUUUUAGCACCUGACAUUACAGCUAAUUACAAAAAUUGGCAGCCAUUCAAGUAUAUUUGGUUUACGAUUUAAAUAUCUAAACAAACAAGACAUGGUCAAAUUAAACUUGAAGGGGAUGGGUGGAAUUUUUUAAGCGUCCGAAGAAGGAAUUUUUGCGCCAUGUACAUAUAACAACUGAAUUCACUCCGCUUGUUUCGCCCCCCCCCCCCCCCCCGGUAACCAUUUAACACAAGCCGAGAUACACUUCCUUAAUGCAAUUUUGACUGGCAUUAGAGAACGGUGAAACAGAAAUUGAGGAUGCCGAACUCUCUCAAGCAAAAGUGGGGACUGGUUCUCCAUAGAAACAUUUUGAUUUAAUACAAAAUGCAGCGAUGUAUUUUGGUGCACAAUUGAAUUUGUUGUUUCUUUGAGACAAGUUGAAAGGGGGGUCAAUUUAAACUUCUGGUGGGAAGCGCUAUAAUGAGCCAUAAUAAAGAUCAAGGUCAUCUCUAGCGCCGCCCAAGCCCAACAUUAACUAAACUCAUUCCAGCUUUUGCUCUCUAGAGUAUACUUUUUGCUCUACUUUAGUGUCGCCCUUUAUAUCUUUAUAAUUCCCAGAUCAUUUUUGAUAAAUUUGAUUUACAGGAAUAGAUUUUUGCACGUAUAAAAAUCUAAUUUUGCAACAUUCUAUACUUAUUAUGAAUGCAACGGGAAAUGUGCUAGUUAAGAAAUUAGGUUUAACUUUACCAGAGAGCCCUCGUUUGGGCCUUGCAACAAUCCGAUAUUUUAGGGGCUUCCAGUUGUGUUGUGGACACAGUUUAAGUUAUCAAAUUUGAAAGUAAGGUGAUGGUAGGAAAAACGGAAAACUGGCAAGGGGUCCCGGAAACUCCAGCGACUUUUCUGCUUGACCUGUCUAUGCAAUAGAAAUAUAUGUUUGUAGAUUACUUAAUAACACUAUGUUUUUUCUUUUAUUAAAACUAUUUUUGGGGUCAACUACGUAGGUACUAAAUAAAUCUGAGGUUUUAUCUUUUAUUUGAGAUAUUUUUGGGGUAAACUACUUAACUACCGGUACUAAAUUAUUUUUUUAAACCUUUAAUAAGUUAUCUAUCACAAGAAAGCACUGCCAACAUUAUUUAGAAUGUUGAAUGCAAUGAAAUUUUUGUAUAAUAAACAUUUGCUGAAAUAUUUCCUUAGUUUUACAUUAGUCGAACAUAAAAAACCAUUUAAAUAAUGUUUGGUAGAAAGAUCUACACAUUUUAAGGAAUUUAGAACUGGUUAAUUUCAUAAAUAGUAUGAUUAUGUUAAGAAGACAUGAGUUGCUUACAAAGAAACACAAAAAACACAACAAAAAAACGAAGAAUAUUAUAUUAAAUGUGUGAAUUUAUAUGUGUUAAAUUCUACCAAAAAAAGUAUACAUUUCCCAAAUUCAGUGAUUAAAAUGUUUAGUUGGAAUUUUAAACAACUAUAACUUUCUUCAGAUAAGUUUUAAAUUGCCGUAUCAAUAUACUUAACAUUUUCUUUUUAAAAAAAUCAAUAGAAUUUAUUGUUAAAUAAUGUUAAAUAGACGAUUUAAAAAAUACAUUUUUUCUAUAACCAGUGACUUAAAUGGAAUUGGCCUUAUGAUAAUCGAAAUCCUAUUUUACAAAAAAGUUUAUAUAUUUAAAACAAAAUAAAAAUUUUUAAGCUUUCAACUGUAUUUUCAUUUAAGAAAGAAAAAGGACAAGUUAAAAUUUUGUUCAAACAUCUUCCAUAAAAUGUCAUCAGUUUACUUGUAAUUUUGUAGCAGUAUCCUGGGCAACUUGUAGCUCGUCUUGGAGUGCUCUAACUUCUUCAGCCUAAAAAAAAAAAAAAAUUUUUAAAUUUUAAAAUGAAUUUUAAUUAAAAAAAAAAAAAAAAAAAAAAAAAAAAAAAAAAAAAAAAAAAAUUGUAUUGAUAGAUGGGGGAAAUAGUUAAUUAUUCUGAUAUUAAAAAUAUUAUGUUAAGUUUCUUUUUAAAACUCUGUUAAUCAGGAAACUGUGCUACGAAAGUAGUGCAUUUAAAGAAAACUGAAUAACUUUCCAAUUAAUAAUAUCUCUUAAAACGUGCACUAUUUGUAUGCAAUAGUUAAGUUCUUCAUUUUAAAAGACAAAAUAAAUAAAUUGUCAUUUUUUUUUUACCUUUUAUGUUAUCUGGUGCAACAUACAAAAAAUCCAGUACAUCACAAAUUAUGUAGUAAAUACCUAUACCUUAUCAAAGCCGAACGCCAUCAUUGAUAUAAUGGUAACUUUAAAUCCUUACUUUAAAACUCAUGCUUUUUAUGAUGAAAUAUAAUUUAAAAACAGUGCAAUAGUUCGACACACAGGAGAAACUAUGUCAAAAUUAUAGACCUUCAUAUUGACUUAAGCUAGAUUUUUUUUAAAUACCGUUUUACUAAAGUAGUUAAGCUUGUAAAGUUGCAAAAUCAAAAAUACUGAUAUAUGCGAACAACACGAUGUAAACGUUGGCUUACCAUCAGACGACGCCAAUUUUUUUUUUAAACAGUGAUCAAAUAGUCAGACUGUGACAAGAUUAGCCUUAAAUAUACGGGACAUCAAGUAUAUCGAGCAUGGAGAUAUUUCAUUGGCUGUACCAUUAGUAAUAGCUUAGAGGGACUCAUUUUUUUUCUUUUUAAAAUAUUUAUAAUUACAAUUUAACAUUUGUUUAAAUAAAAUAUAUUUUAGUUCUAUUGUUGUAGACAUCCCCGACCCCCAUGGGGCAGUACCCCAUUCCCCCAGGAAAGAUGCCUCAAAAUAAACCCACUGAUUUUAAUGAUCGCCUUUGGUUCCUAGAAAGUAUCCACACUGAGAAUCCUAGGGGAACUCCAACUUUUGUGCAGAUGGCCGCAUUAGAAUUAUAUUAUAUCUUUAAAAAAAAAUAUAUAUUUAGUUUUCAAGGAUUCCAUAGAUAUUUACAAUACAAAGUGAGAUAAAAAUUUAAUAGUAAAUCUGAAAACUAGCUACAAUACGAGUCCGUAGCAGAUAUAGAGAUGUUGAAUGAGAUUUUUGUAUCUGCAAAAAAUUUACCUUUUCCCGGUAUCAAAUAUUUGAUAUCUUUAAAGAAAUGAAUUUUAGGCAUGUGUUUGUAUCUUUACGGGUUUGUGGGCUGAAAAUAGAACAGGAAAUAUCUGUUUAAAAAAAAAAAAGUGAAAUUGAAGAAUGUCAGAAUCGAGUAAAUCUUUGAACACAUCUGUUUAACUAUUUUAAAAAUUCAAACUUGUUCACAGACUAAAUGAUGUUGACAUAUUUAUAUUUAUAAAAUAUAAAGAAACAGCAAACACAUGUAAAUAAACAUUUGUAUGAAAGUCAUCUUUUAAAAAAAAAAAAUGACAUCGAAAGAUCCAGAUUUAUAAAUGUCAACUUCUUAUUGGAUGAAAGUUGAUCAUUAUUAAAUCAAAUGUUAUUGUUGUCAACUUCUUAUUGGAUGAAAGUUUAUCAUUAUUAAAUCAAAUGUUAUUGUUGUCAACUUCUUAUUGGAUGAAAGUUUAUCAUUAUUAAAUCAAAUGUUAUUGUUGUCAACUUCUUAUUGGAUGAAAGUUGAUCAUUAUUAAAUCAAAUGUUAUUGUUGUCAACUUCUUAUUGGAUGAAAGUUGAUCUUUAUUAAAUCAAAUGUUAUUGUUGUCAACUUCUUAUUGGAUGAAAGUUGAUCAUUAUUAAAUCAAAUGUUAUUGUUAAGGUACCUUUGAAAAACGGUUAUUUUGCAGGCAUUUAAAAAGAAUCCAACCGACAGCAGCAUUGGCAGGGAAUGGUUCGCUGAAUUUAUGUUACGCCAAAAUGUAAGUGAUGCUUUAGCAAAUCACUUUUUCGCAAAUUUUGACCUUGAUAAGGACCGUGACUUAGAUGACUUGGAUUUCAAUGCUAUUUGCACGUUUAUGAACAAGAACAGCGACGCUCAAGUUACCCGUGAAGAAUUUAUCAGGUGAGCUAGUUGAAACUCUUUUUUAAACUUUUGUUAAUUUAAUAAGCAUUUCAUCAAUGCGAAUUUAGCCUCCGCUUCUUUGCAGCGCUGUUUACAAACUAUAAAUUAUGUUUUAGAUUCUUUUUGGCUUAAAUAUCUUGUACAAUUUGUUCACGGUAUCAUACGACCAACAUUUCCGGAGCCGACUCCUGAAACAUUAAGUUACACUAGUGCUAAUAAGUACAGCAGUUUUCAUUGUGAGUAGUUCAUCUUGAAAGUUCUAACAUCUUUAGAGAUACAGCGAUGUCAAGAAAUCUAUCGAUUGCUGGAGAGUCUGUGUCGCUAUUUCCUUCAUUGGGAGGUUCAAUCAGUUAAUUGGACGUCAUCAUCAUUCUCUUGGUUGAUUGGAUUUUCCACUUUGUUAUUUGGACAUGUAAACUAAUUGUUGGAAGACAAAAUGAUUACCAUCAUCUUCGUAUAGAUUUGUUUCUUCAACACAGAUUGUCCUUAUUUGUAAAAAAAAAAAAAAAAAAAAAAUUUCCUCCAAUAAACUCAUAUAACACACUUAAUCCAUACAAUGCACACUAUUUAAAAUACUUAAGCUUAACAAUGCACAUUUUCAUAUACAAACUUUCAGUUUAAUGAAACACUCACAAAUUAUAUUACGUUUGUUAAAUCAUUUUUUUCAGAUAUGGUGACGAAAUUCUCAACAGAUUUCAAGAGUGAAAUGUCAACUGAAAAUGAUCCGUUCUGCUACAAGACAUCCCGAAUGACAUUAGAAAACUAGAAACACAGAUGAAAAGUUUUUGGCAUUUAUUAGAUUGAACUAAAAUGGAAACAAUAAC